CGAUGGCGGUGGGAGGCGGGCGGGCCGCUCUGUGGCGCUGGAGGCCGGCCCUGGUGUGAGGCGCCGGGGCCUGGCAUCGGUCACGGCGAGGGCGACGGGAGGAGGAGCGGCGGCGGCGGCGGCGGCGGGAAGAUGGCGAUCUCCCGGGGAGUGUGGUGCUGCCAGCGGGUGUUGGCCUGGGUCCCGGUGCUCAUCAUCACCCUGGUCGUGCUCUGGUCCUACUACGCCUAUGUGUUCGAGUUGUGUGUGUUUACCAUAAGCAAUCCUGCUGAGAAAGGUGCAUAUCUGGUGAUGUUCCAUAUCUGUUUUGUGUUGUUUUUGUGGACCUACUGGAAGGCUAUUUUUACAGAACCACUUCAACCCUCCAGAAAGUUCCAAUUGCCCAGAACCGACAGAGAGCAGUAUGAACGAGAAGAGAGGCCUGAAAUACAGAAACAAAUCCUCUUGGACGUUGCUAGACAGUUACCUGUGUACACUAGGACCAGCGCUGGAGCUAUCCGGUACUGCGACCGAUGUCAGGUCAUUAAACCUGAUCGCUGCCACCACUGCUCCAUCUGUGACAUGUGUGUGCUGAAAAUGGACCAUCAUUGCCCUUGGGUGAAUAACUGCAUCGGCUUCUCAAACUACAAGUUUUUCCUUCUCUUUUUGGGCUAUUCCAUUGUGUAUUGCUUGUUUGUGGCUGCCACCGUUAUGCAAUAUUUCAUCAAAUUUUGGACAGGUGGCCUGCCCGACGGCCGAGCUAAAUUCCACGUGCUCUUUCUCCUCUUUGUGGCUGUCAUGUUCUUCCUCAGUCUCCUGUUCCUCCUCAGCUAUCACUGCUGGCUGGUCAGUUUAAACAGAUCCACGUUAGAGGCCUUCUCCGCACCAGUUUUUCACUACGGUCCAGAUAAAAACGGUUUCAACCUGGGCCGGGGGAAAAAUUUAAAGCAAGUGUUCGGGCAAGAAAAGACGCAGUGGUUUCUGCCCACCUUCACCAGCCAGGGAGACGGGCAUUUCUUCCCCAUGAGGUCGAUGAACGAGAGUCGAAACCCAUUGCUGGCGAAUGAGGAGCACUCGGAUGAAAGCGAAUCAGACGGAGAGAACCUGGGACAGAGUGUCAGUUCCUCUGUGACUGUAGACAUGGAGAAUUAGAUGACCAGUCAAGUGGCUGUUUUUAAGCUGAAACAGGUUGUUUCCAGAGGCCAAGCUGUCAUUUGAUGUGCAAAUGAGAGAACCAAAGAUCCCCGAGGCACUUCAUACAAAAUGAGACUGGAGUAUUCAUGCCUUAUUUAAGGCAGUCAGCUGAAGACCUUUUGCUAUGUAUACUGUAGAUGCGUGCUUACGUUCUUGAAUAAUUCCAUUUUGAGGGGGCUGGAGGGUUGUGAAUUCAGUUGCAAACUGGGUAACACUGAACGUGGACUUCUGAUGUAAAUAGUGUGUGCGAAUGAGCGUUAUCAAAGAGAUCUUAAAAAUUCAUUUAACAUACAUCAACGUGCUGUAUUUAACUCAUUGGAGAGGGGCAAAGUGCAGAGGAAAAGGGGGUUCUUGCAUAAGAUUUACAAUGUGGGCUACAGAUAUCGAGGUGUCCAGUGGAACACUCCCUUGUGUUGCAACAAGAGAACUGUGUGUUCGUCUUUUUGUAUUUAUUAUCAAGUAGGUCAUUUCAAAUCAGAUCAUUUCUCGAAUGUUUUUAACGCUUGUUUGAGUUGGAAGGUCCUUGGACUGAAUUCGUCUUUUUCUUCUCCCCCCCCCCCCCCCGGAAAAUGUGUAAUUCGGGUCUGUCAGGAAGAUGCAGGGAUGUUUGCGGCUUUUUUUUAAAAAAGAAAACGAGAAAAAAAACCAAGUUGGCAUUUUAACGGAAAGUGGAGUUUUUUUUUAACAGGUACAGAGAGUGACCAAAGAUUAGCGAGGUGGAAACUGGUCUCAAUUCAGAAAUUGCUCUGACUUCUUUGUCUAAUCGAUUGGGAUGAUGUGCUCAACUCAAGAGUAGAGCACACGGGCAGUAUAUUCUUUGCUCUUUUAUCAAGGUGUAUCCCUUCUCUCUCCCUGCCUCCCUCCCCAUCUUACCUCGCUUGUGAUUGAUAAAAAUGGUUGACAAAAAAAACCUGUAGAAAAUUUAUUUCCGGACAAAACCUCUGUCCUCUUUCACCUUCCCUUUUUCCUUCUGCCUCCGCCCCUCCUUUUUCUUUUAAUAAUCUUCUCCCAUCAGUUCUCCUUAUCCCCCAAAAUCUCACUCAGAUUGCUGAGGGACAGACGAGUUGAGGUUUGCUUUCCGUGCCCCCUCCCCAUAAAAUGUUUAAAGCACAAAGGCCUUUUUAGUUAACAAAAGUGGCUGUGGAUCAGUUGAGGAUUGAGUUAUAAGGUGGUCAUUAACCUGACCGGCUGUUGCUGCGAGCAAUUUGUAAAUUCUUCACCCAGCUUCCAGGUGUGUGACACUGAAUCGCUUUGAAUGUGGGGUGGGGUGGGGAGUGAAUCAUUCAGCUCCAGGUUAAACCUUAGGCCUCAGAGAGGAAUGGGGUGGUGGGGGGGGGAAGGAGCUGUGUGGAACUGUCUCAUUGCUAUUCCCAGAACUGCUUGACUGGUGCUUGUUUCAGGCGGAGCAAGACUUCACCGUGUUGAUUGAUCCACAAGGGCCGAGUAACCCGCUGGUAGGCUUCACGAUUUCAAACCAAUCCACAGAAGAACGGACUUAUUAAUGCACAGAGCAGCUUCCAUCUAUGUCGUGCAUCAAAUAUAUAUAUAUAUGUGCUUUAUGCAAGUCAGGUUAAAAACACAAUUAUCUUAAUGAACGUUUAAGCGAAGUCACCGCCUGCAGUGAAUGUUCCUGGUGCGUGACUGGCAUGCUAAGUAUUUUUUUACACUCACGUACACGCACAAAGUGUCUAUCUAAUGGCUCGCUUGAAUGAAGAUUCUGUUACCAGCUAACCUGUAUUUAAAGAGGCUUGUAUUGGAUUUGUAGCAACGGACAGGAUUGUGAAUAUUUCUUUACAAAGACCUUACGGUCACUUUUAAAAUGCAUUUUCUCUUUUUUUCCCCCUUCUUCUCCUCCUUCAUUAAAAUAUGUUCUCUUGUCACAAGAAGUAAACCUCAACAGCCUUGGUGGGCGUGCAAGGUACGGACUCGUUACGAGAGCUCAAUUUUACAAGAGCUUUCCUGACACGGGAUAAACCACUUCACUAUUAAUCAACCAGCGGCCAAAUUUACAAGGAGCAAUGUAUUUUUCUAGCUAUAUUUUCCAGUGUUAUUAUUAUUAAUUGUUGAAUGAUGCACGUUUUAUGUUUAAUUAUUUUUCAAUGCCGUGGAGACGUCUAGUGGCAGUCGGUGAGCGCUGCAUGGCUUAUUUUACGACUGCCGGUGGUUUUUUUUAUGGCUAAUCUUAAAUGUUUUUGAAUAACUUUUAACAGAUGGAACGGCGACUUAAUUCCAACAGUUUAUAUUUUGUAAAGCGCAGAUUUGAUAACGGGAUUUUUUUUUACUGUCGUUUGUCAGGAAGGUGUGAAUCAGAGAAUUCAUGUUAGGUUCUAAGUCUAUAAAAUAUUUAAUUCUUGUACAGCGAAAUAGAAGUGGAAAUAAAAAUCACUAACUGGA